AUGACGUGCAGUGAGCUGGAUACGCCGGAGGUUCUGAGCAACUUGCCCCCCCUCAGGGAUGAUGUAGCCGUGCGUGUGCUGCGCGGUCGGAUGCGGGGGAUCCAGGGCCACUGUAACUCCUGCUACAUGGAUGCUGCCCUCUUCAGCCUCUUCUCUUGUACUUCUGUGCUGGACUGCAUGCUGUUCAAACCCUCCCUCCCGCCUGACAGACACAUUCAGAAGAUCCUCCGGGACAAGAUAGUCAACCCGCUCAGACAGAAAGGCUUCGUCUCUGCAAGUAGCGUGAUGAACCUUCGGCACCACCUGACGGAGAAGGGCCAGUGUUCCAGUUUUGCCACUUCGGAGAAAGACCCGGAGGAGUUUCUUAGUCUCAUUAUGCACCGCAUCCUUGGAAUCGAGCCACUUCUGAAGCUGCAGUGAGUUAAAUUUUCCCCCCCUUCUUGACCGUUCUGAAUGUAAACGGUUGUGUUCUGGGACUGGGAAGGGAUUGUGGUAUUUCUGCUUCCCAGGAGAGGCUAGCAAAUGGCAAGAGAAGCUGGUGGGA